UUUAAAUCUGAUAUACUUUAUUUUUGAUUGAGAAGUUAAGUAUUUUUUAUGUAGAUAUUAAUGUAUAGUGGUAAGUAUAUUGGAAUAAAAUUAUGAUAUGAGUUUGGCAUCCAACAAGCAGCUGAGAGUGAUACUGAAGACAUCGUAUGAGAUUAUUAUAAAAUGAAUAUGAAUAUAUCGUUGAUCGUCCAUUUUAUCGUCCUUUUGGCGUUGGUAGAAGGAAUAAACAGUGCCUUAGGGAAACAGGUAGUUUCUAACACACGAUACGGUAGAAUGAGGGGACAUAGUAUAUCUACUACUUAUGCAAAUAAAACGUUGGAGGUCUACACUGGUAUUCCAUAUGCUGCACCUCCAAUAGGUAACCUUCGCUGGUCUAACCCACAGCCACCAAAACCAUGGGGACCAGGGAUAUUGGAUACACUUUCUUUCAAACCUGCUUGUCCGCAGUCUCUUUAUAGUGUAAGAAGCUGGAGCUUUGGCUCCGAUUGGAGUAAUACUAACGAAGACUGUUUAUAUCUUAAUAUCUACUCGCCCAAGGGUGGUGACCCUUUAGUCAGAUACCCAGUGUUUGUAUGGAUCUAUGGCGGAUACUUUUCUACUGGAGCUGCCGAGGAAUAUGAUGGCCGAGUGCUGGCAGUUGAGAAAGAUGUAGUAGUCGUCACUAUAAGCUAUAGGGUCGGCGUCUUGGGUUACUUAGCAACAGAUGAUGUCGAGGCAAAAGGAAAUUACGGACAGUUGGACCAAGUCAGAGCACUGGAGUGGGUCCAAGAAAACAUAAUAAAUUUUAGAGGGAACCCGGACAAUAUAACUAUCGGGGGAGAAAGUUCAGGAGCAGUGUCUGCAACAAUGCAUCUAUUUUCUCCAUUAACGAGAGGACUUUUCCACGCUGUUAUUGCUCAAAGUGGACAGGCUAACAGUUACUGGGCGAUUAAAAGAGAUCGACAAACUGCUCGUUCAUAUGCUUUUGAGCUUGGUCGACUUGUUGGAUGUAAUCAGACCUCCUCAAAAGAAUUGAUUAGUUGUAUGCGUGGAAAAUCAGCCUCUGAGCUUGUUGAACGAGGCAAUAAUGAUGUUACGUACCCUCUGUUCGGACCAUUAUGGGGGCCCGUCAUCGAUGGCUACUAUAUUCUUGAAGACCCAGAGGAUCUUAUUACGAGAGGGGAGUUCUUGAAUGUUCCAAUGCUGACUGGCGUGAACAAGGACGAUGCUUCUUACGAGUUAGAUUACGUAGUAGCACCAGCAGAAGGUUAUUCGAGAGACUUCCUGCUGUCACUGUUCAACGGUUACAGUAAUAGAUGGGAUGAAAAGCAAGGUUUCAUGUUUGAUGCAUUUGCCCAGGAAUACAAUCCUGAUCCUUAUGGAAAUGUAGAUAGAAACCGGAAUAUAUAUGUCGAGUUCCAAACAGAUCAUUCGUACACUGCUCCUGCGAUAUAUCAUGCGACUGGCCACUCAGCACAAGUCAGCAAUACAUAUUUCUACAACUUUAUACAUAGAUCUAUCAACAGCCCCGAGCCAGUAGAGAAAGGUGUAAUACACGGAGCAGAACUUGACUAUAUAUUCGGUAUACCAUUCUUUACAAAUGAAACAUGUCCAUGGGGCUGCAACACUAUACGCUGGGUAAAACAGGUAUGGACCAAGCAGGACAAAGAGAUUAGUAGAAUGAUGAUGACACAAUGGGCCAACUUCAUGAAAACAGGAAAUCCGAACAUCCCAGAAAAGGUUCCUAAAAUGACAGUAUCGUGGCCAGAGUUUUCCCAUACAGAGGAGAAAUAUCUAACCAUCGCCAAUGAAUCAUAUGAAGCUAGGUACCAUAGGUAUAGGAAGGUGAAAUUCUGGAAUGAAUAUGUGGAGAAGCUUAAUAACAAAUUGAACAAUAUUACCAUGCCAACCAGUGAUGGUUGUAUCAUUGGAGGAGCCGGUCGUGGAGCAACUUUGCUAUAUUGUCUCUUUCUGCUGUGCUUAUCAUAAAUCACAGAAACAUUCACCAGAAACAUUAAUUUCAGGAAAAAUUCUUGAGGAAAUGAAGAAAGGUGUAGAGAAUUUGCAUGGAGAUAAUGCGAAAUUAAUUAAUAUAGUAAGGGUAGAAUUAAAUCCUAGGUUUCAGCUUUGGUUCGAUUUUCAAGGCUUGUUGGUUAUUUUUAUCAUUAAUCGAUGUUUUACGAUACGUUUCUUUGACACUGGUAUUCACAUAGAUUUAUUGAACGGAUAAAUGAUGAUGUUUUGUAGCCUUAACAACAGAGAUAUUAUUUGAGAUGGAAAUUAACAGGUUUGUAAUAAGGAAGUAAAAUGAAUAUUCUUUUGAAGGGCGCAUGCGUGUGAGAUUGUCGUCCCCUAUCAGCUAUUUUCACAUCAGUGGCCUUGUUUGCCUGAUUGAAUAUGAAUGCGAUGGGAAUACGUGUAAUUAGGUUUCCAAGGGGGGGGAACAAUUUGAGGCAAAUAUUACAUAUUAACGUACAAGUUCUAUGAAACGUUAACCACUAAAGUCAGUGCAUUCGAUUUUAACAUUUUUGAAAUAAAUUGCAAUAAAACUUUUGAUUUAUAGCUUUUAAAAUUAAAUCAUCUGAAGACAAAUUUUUGGAUCACCAAUUCAUUUGGGACGGAGGUAUUUCCUUUGCAAUAUAUUGCUGUUUUCUGGAUAUAAAAAUGUUUAUUGCAAAUUAUAGCAAAAUGCUAAUUUGUGUUGAUACAAAAACACUCGAGAAAUGUUUACAUU